AUGUUUUCAAGGAUAGGUGAAAUUGAUACACUGAACGAAAAAUACCAGGCACAAGUGUAUAUUGAAGCACGAUGGUCGUCUGAUAUAGGAAAGUUGACAUUAACAGCGGAUCAGUAUCGUCAACUAAAUGAAGGAAAUUCUGUCACAGUAUUGAAAUAUGGUGAAGCAAAUUGGACUCCCGAGCUUUUUGUUGAAAAUGCAGUUGGUGAAUUAAAAGAAGUAAUACGUUAUACGUUAAAGAAGAAUAAUAACCAACGAGACUAUCAAAAUGUUGAGAUAUGUGAACGUCGUGAUGUGAAAGGAACGUUUUGGGAAAAGUUGGAAUUGCAUCACUUCCCAUCUGAUGUUCAGGAAUUAACUGUUUCUGUGGCCUCGUCCUAUUAUGACGACAAAGUUUUAUUACAAAAAGAUGAGCAUCAUUUGUCGUGUAUCAAUCGUGAAGCAUUCGUUGAUCAACAAGAAUGGCUGCUCUAUGAACAUGUUGGAGCGCAAACAAGAUUUACCGUAGAAUAUCCGUUUAGAGAUGAAAACGAUAAUAAAGAAGAGAAAAGACGAUCAAUAUUCUCUGCAACAUGCCAUGCAGGCUCAUUAACAUUUCUAAAUCAACAUUAUACAAAUGUUCAACCAGACGAUUAUUAUGUUCUUAUCGAUCGUUACGUUCUCAUUGGUUUAUUUUCCAUCUAUGUUUUGCUCCAUAUUAUUAUGAUUAUCUGGCUUUUUAUUGUUCCAUUUAAAAUUCAUCGACAAAUGAAGUUAGAAGAUGUCAAAUAUAAGAAAUUGCUAAGAGCAAAAUUUAAAGCUGUAGUACGAACCGUUGAAAUAACUAAUGAUUUCAGAAAUAUAAUUGUUGAUAAUCCACUCGUACAAAAGAAUUAUCUCUGA